AUGGCAAUGGAUGAUCUGCUCGACCAGAUCCUCAACCCUACCUCGUCCAAUGCAGAUGGCUUACUCUCGGAGCUAGGCCUCGCCGCGUUGCCUUCCAGAGACGAAGUGCACCGCCAGAUAGAAACAGAUCUUUUGCUGCCCAAAGAAAGCCUGCCUAGUCACUGGCUUCCUACGUACCAACUGCACUGGGAGAAUAAGUUGUCCAUACCCGCUCUGCUCAAGUAUGAGCCAGCCCCACCACCCACCAGCCUUUCAUUUGUCCGCACAGGGCUCCAGGGGCGCGUUACCGGCUACGCUGAGAUAUCCAAUCCUCGCGUCUCAAAUGGCCUUACUUCGACCGCACUGGACCGCGCGCCAGGACCAAGCCGCAACUUUGUCCGAGGCAAAGCUGGCUACGUACCGUUCUGGCCUGGCGGCCUAGAUAAUCUCAAGGAGCUGAAUGAUGUUGUCGACCUCCAAGAAGGAUCUUCGCAGCUGCGGACCACUGCACCUGGGCUUUCUCGCGGUCUCAAGCUGUCGAAAGACGACGAGGACGAUGCCGACGUGAUUGGCCUCGGUGGCAACCUUGUUAGGCAUAGCGAAGAUGCCCAAGCUUCGGACGGACACGUCUCUCUUCUGCACCAUAAUGAUUUGGACAUGGCGCUGAUGCCUGGCGGAGCCUCUGAUGUCGACGAACUCCUGCCUACCUCGCGAAGCCACCUCAACCCCAUCGCGGCUACACGUAAACCCCUGCGGCGCGCCCAAGUGCAGAAGCGCGACUGGGCCCACGUCGUCGAUGUCAACAAGCCAAUGACGAACUUCGCGGAGCUUGUCCCUGACAUGGCUCACAAGUACCCCUUCGAGCUGGACACGUUCCAGAAGGAGGCCGUCUACCAUCUUGAGAUGGGCGACUCCGUCUUCGUCGCCGCCCAUACAUCGGCGGGGAAGACUGUCGUCGCGGAGUACGCCAUCGCCUUGGCGGCAAAACAUAUGACCAGGGCCAUCUAUACUUCUCCUAUCAAGGCGCUGUCCAACCAAAAAUACCGCGACUUCAAGACGACCUUUGGAACCGCUUCUGUCGGCAUCCUCACCGGCGACGUCCAGAUCAACCCGGAGGCGAAUUGCCUCAUCAUGACCACGGAGAUCCUGCGCAGCAUGCUCUACAAGGGCGCAGACCUCAUCCGGGACGUCGAGUUUGUCAUUUUCGAUGAGGUGCACUACGUGAACGACGCCGAGCGAGGAGUGGUCUGGGAAGAGGUCAUCAUCAUGCUUCCUGAUCAUGUAAACAUCAUUCUUCUCUCCGCGACGGUACCAAACACGAGAGAGUUCGCAGACUGGGUCGGGAGGACUAAGAAGAAGGACAUAUAUGUCAUCUCCACGGCGAAGCGCCCUGUACCGCUCGAGCACUACCUAUAUGCAGGUCGCGACCUCCACAAAAUCGUGGACGCCGAUCGGAAUUUCCUCACGGCCGGGUACAAGGGCGCUGGAGAAGCGCUGCGGCGGAAACAGGACAAGGAGCGCGAGGCAGCCGGUCUCCCUCCGGUACAGAAGCUCGGCGCCCGCGCAGGCGCGCCCCAACGAGGUGGCCAGCGCGGAGGCCAACCCGGGCGCGGGGGUCAAACGGGACGCGGCGGGCAACGCGGGGGCGGUAACGCACCCGCCCGCGGUGGUUCUGGGGGCGGCCGCGGGGGCUCGCAGCGCACGUUCCACCAGCCGGACAAGAACCUGUAUGUGCACCUGCUGGGGCACCUGCGCAAGAAGGCGCUGCUGCCCGUCGUCGUGUUCACGUUCUCGAAGAAGCGCUGCGAGGACAACGCGGGGACGCUCACGAACGCGGACCUGUGCACGGCGGUGGAGAAGAGCGAGAUCCACGUCGCGAUCGAGAAAGCGCUCUCGCGCCUGAAAGGCUCGGACAAGCGGCUGCCUCAGAUCCGGCGAAUGCGAGACUUGUUGUCGCGCGGCAUUGGAGUGCAUCAUGGUGGCUUAUUGCCCAUCGUGAAGGAGGUGGUCGAGAUCCUCUUCGCACGCGGGCUGGUGAAGGUGCUAUUCGCGACGGAGACGUUUGCCAUGGGCGUGAAUAUGCCGGCAAAAUGUGUCGUAUUCUCGCACAUCAGGAAGCACGAUGGGCGCAGCUUUAGGGACAUCAUGCCCGGCGAAUAUACCCAGAUGGCUGGGCGCGCCGGCCGCCGUGGCCUUGACCCCACUGGCACGGUCAUCAUAGUCGCGAAUGACGACCUCCCGGAGCAAUCCAUCCUGCACAAUAUGAUUCUCGGGACGCCCUCGAAGCUCUCGUCCCAAUUCAGGCUUACGUACAACAUGAUUCUGAACCUGCUGCGAGUCGAGGCCCUGCGCGUCGAGGAGAUGAUCAAGCGCAGCUUCUCCGAGAACGCCUCGCAGCGGCUGCUCCCCGAAAACCAGAAGAAAGUUGUCGAUACCGAGAAGAAACUUUCCGGGAUGGCGCAGCUGGCAUGCGACGUGUGCCUGCCAGAUAUCGAGCGGUUCUAUGAUACGUCAUACGACGUCGUCGAGAAGAAUCAGCGCAUCCUGGCGAUGGCUGCGAAUACCCCUGCGGGCGGGAAACUCCUCUCUUCUGGUAGAAUCGUCAUUCUACGGGACGGGCACUACAAAUCCAAUAUCGGCGUACUCCUCAAGCAGGUUCCCAGUGCUAUCGCCACAGCACUUGCGAGCGCGCCCGCUGGCGAGAAAGUCAAGCUUUACUAUGUGCUCGCGCUCGUAUCCCCAGAGACGCGACAAGGCGAGACAGAUGUGGACGCGCAAGGCGUUCCGCCACAAUGGCCGCCCCGCCCGGAGUCUCUUCUAGUCGACGAACCCACAUACGACCUCACCCCUAUCCCACUCUCCAGCAUAGCCAUGGUCACCAGCCGCAGUAUCAAGGUCGAAACAGAGUGGAUCGUAGAGAAGCACCGGAUCUCGUACAUGAACGACGCGAUCCGCUCGCUGCAGCAGGUCCUCGCGGAAUGGCUGCGCGCAGGGACCAUCCCCGAGGCGGAUUGGAGCAGGCUGCGGGCGCUGGAGUUCCAGGAGCUCCUGCGCGCGCGGAACGAGCUCGUCCCCCGGCUGGACCGCUUUGCGUGCGUGUCGUGUCCGAGCUUCGAGGAUCACUACCUGCACACACACGGCAAGAAGCUGCUGCAGGCGAACAUCGCUGACCUGAAGCUCGCGAUUUCGGACCAGAACCUGGAGCUCAUCCCGGACUACGAGCAGCGCAUCGAGGUCCUGAAGGAGCUCAAGUUCAUCGACGACAACUCCACCGUGCUCCUCAAGGGCCGCGUCGCCUGCGAGAUCAACUCAGCGAACGAGCUGGUGCUCACUGAGCUCAUCCUCGAGAACACGCUCGCCGCGUACGAACCUGAGGAGGUCGUUGCGCUCCUCUCGUGUUUCAUCUUCCAGGAGAAGACGGACGUCGAGCCAGUCGUCCCGCCUAAGCUACAGGAGGGGCUCGCGGCGAUCAACGCGCUCGCGGAGCGCGUCGAGCGCGCGCAGGAGCGGCACAAGGUCCCUGGGGAGGAGUUCCGCGCGCUCAAGGCCGGGCUCGUCGAGGUCGUGUAUGAGUGGGCGAAGGGAAUGCCAUUUGAGCAGAUCACAGAGCUUACGGACGUGGCGGAGGGGACUAUCGUGCGCUGCAUCACGCGACUGGACGAGACAUGUCGGGAGGUGAGAGACGCGGCGCGGGUCAUCGGCGACGCAGAGUUGUUCAAGAAGAUGGAGGAGGCCCAAAUCAAGAUCAAGCGAGACAUUGUCUUCGCCGCAAGUUUGUAUUUCUAG